AUGGCCACCAACGACCAUGCAGACCCCAUCCCAAAGGGACUGAUAUCUCAGGGGCGUCAAGCUUUUAAGGACUUGUUCAUAUGGAAACAACGUGUAGAGAUUGUCAACGAGUACGGUGAAACUCGAGCAGAGUGGCAAUCUCCAGAACCAUUUCGCAAUCCAAUCAGUCUCAUGGCCGAGCUUUCGGCUCGAGAUUGGCUUUUUUUCGUUGUCGGCCUUGCGGCUUGGACUGCGGAUGCUUUUGACUUCCAUGCAUUAUCUAUCCAGACCAAGAAGCUGUCGGACUAUUACGGCAGAUCCAAGACGGACAUUUCCACUGCCAUCACUCUGACUUUGCUCCUUCGUAGCGUGGGUGCUGCCUUCUUUGGGCUGGCAGGAGAUAAAUAUGGUCGCAAGUGGCCCAUGGUGCUAAACAUGAUAAUCCUUGGUAUCUUGCAAGUCGCAACCAUUUACAGCCAUACAUUUCAACAAUUCUUGGCCGUGCGCAGUCUUUUUGGUCUAUUCAUGGGAGGUGUCUACGGAAAUGCGAUUGCGAUGGCUCUGGAACAUUGCCCUGUCAACGCCAGAGGACUCAUGUCAGGAAUACUUCAACAAGGGUAUUCGCUGGGAUAUGUGCUUGCAGCUUGUGCUAACCUUGGAGUCGGUGGUGGCACGGAUAGCUGGAAGACAGUAUUCUGGGCUGCAGCCGGUUUAUCCAUCGGUGUUGGGAUUAUUCGUAUCUUCUUCCCCGAAUCAAAACAGUUUCUGGAGGCUAAGAAAUUAGGGAAAAGAAACAUGAGUGCGAGUGAGUUUUGGAAAGAAACUCAAGUCAUGCUAGGAAAGGAGUGGCGCAUGUGUAUUUAUUGUGUUGUUCUCAUGACGUGGUUCAAUUAUUAUUCGCAUACGUCUCAAGACUCCUAUACCACAUUUAUGCUUACACAGAAAGAGCUCGACAAUGCAGGUGCCUCAAGAGCAUCUAUCAUCAUGAAAACAGGGGCAUGUGUUGGCGGAACAAUCAUUGGAUAUCUUUCGCAAUUUUUUGGCCGUCGACGCGCAAUCAUAGUCUCUGCUUUGAUCUCUGGAAUUCUUAUUCCAGCAUGGAUCCUUCCAACGGGUGAGCCAUCGCUGAGUGCAACUGGUUUCUUCAUGCAAUUUUUCGUCCAGGGAGCGUGGGGUGUGAUUCCGAUUCACCUAAAUGAGCUGUCGCCCCCUGCAUUCCGUUCCUCAUUCCCAGGAAUUACCUACCAAGUCGGAAAUAUGAUCAGUUCCCCAUCAGCACAGAUUGUUAAUGCAAUUGCCGAAUCCACUUUGGUGACUGCGCCAUCAGGUGCCCGCGCAUCUGCUUAUGGGCCUGUGAUGGGUAUUGCGACGGCAAUCAUUGCCACUGGAAUAGUGGUCACCACCGCAUUUGGGCCAGAAAAGCGCGGUCGGCGCUUUGAGAAUGUUGUGGCAGCAGUGCAGGAAACAUCGCCUGUCAAACCCGCGGACCUUGAAGCGGGACAUGACGAUACUAAAGUGAAGGACGAGAUGACUGAGCUAGCGGACCAAAAGAAAUAA